AUGGUCCUUCAGCAGCUCGGCCCGGCCCUCGAUAUCUCGGUCGACAAUGGUGAACUCAUCACCAGCAGCCUGACUAUCAUCAUCUCGGACCUCUCCCCGAACCCAAGUUGGCGAAGAGCUUGGGUUCUCUCGUCCAUGGUCCACCACUCCUCUCAGGCCCUCACCCACAUGGCUCAAUCUCAUCUGACAGUCGGCUAUCUCUGCCGAUAUGUCCACUAUCUUGGGUUUCUUGUGAUCAAUCAGGGCGGCCUCCUCGUGCAAAGCCGGUCAGAUCGUGCCGGUUAUGUUGGUGGCGUUGUCUAG